AUGCCGUUUGGAAUUCAAAUUAUACGUUGUCCUAAAUGUAAUCAACCAGUUUAUCAUGCUGAAGAGGUAUCUGCAGCUGGUAAAAAAUGGCACAAAACGUGUUUCAAAUGUGGAUUAUGCAAAAAAAUGUUAGAAUCUACGACAUUAGCUGAACACGAAGGAAAUCUCUUUUGUAAACAGUGUUACGCUCGCAAAUAUGGUCCAAAAGGUUGCGGAUAUGGAGUCGGAGCUGGUGCAUUAGGAAUGGAUACUGGUGAACAUCUGGGUAAUCGGGAAACAGCAAUGUCAAACAAACCUAAUUAUGCUGCUCCUCCUGGUGUCAAUCAAGCCCAUCAGGAAUAA